GCGCCCCCUCCUCCCGGCGGCCCUCGGCGGAGCGCAGUACUGGGACCGAUAAACAAGCGCUGGAUCUACCUGUGUCACAGAACCCCUCAUUUGAGCACUUCCUCACUGCGGUUGUUACAGAGCCCUUUUGUUUCUUGUAUCAUGGAUGCAUCUUUCUGCUUGUGGCAGCGGAGGCAGGAGCACAAUCCUCUCCCAGGAAGGAUGCCUUGUUUACUGCAGCAUUAGUAAAUAUUCUAAGCACGUUUCAUCUCACUGUAACCUGCCUGGCUGACUGCAGCCAACAGCACUGUGACUACACAGGAUGUGGAGCUGUCAGCAACGCUGAGACUGAGGCCGUACGAUCACCUGGAGUCACUUCCUGCUCCUUCUGAUGCAUGAGGAGUUGUAAAUGUAUUAAGUGGCACGGAUACCUCAAAAAUAUUCCAGAAGAACAGUAGUUCUGCGCCCACCCACAUGACUUACACCUUUAUUUUAAAAGCUUUGUUUUGUUUCUUCAGUCAGUCAACUUCCUCCAGUGCCAGAGCCCAGAAGCAGAAAUCACUGAAUUAGAGCAAGGAUCAUUUCUUACUAGAAUGCACAAUAGGAAGAUGAAAAGAACUUAGCUACAUUUCAGGACUGACUCCUCAUGGGCUGGACUUUGUCUUGGUGGGAAUAUUUGACAGUUCACGCUGCAAAAGACGAAACAACCAAUGGCUUCAGAAUCCAUGGUCCCAGAGCAGGCAAAACAACAUCCAGUGAAGGGAAAAAGGCGACCACAGCAGCAGCAAACUCGAUCUUCCAGCGGUGAUGGUGAAGAUGAUAUCUUUGUAUUCGAAGCAAACGAGGCUUGGAAAGAUUUCCACAGCUCUCUUCUUCACUUCUUUGAGGCUGGAGAGCUCUGCGAUGUUACACUGAAGGUUGGUACAAAGCUCAUCUCCUGCCACAAACUGGUGCUGGCAUGUGUUAUACCUUACUUCAGAGCCAUGUUUCUUUCAGAAAUGGCUGAAGCCAAGCAGACGUUGAUUGAGAUCAGGGACUUUGAUGGCGAUGCGAUAGAAGACCUCGUGAAGUUUGUCUACUCCUCCCGGCUGACGCUGACAGUGGAUAAUGUCCAGCCACUCCUGUAUGCUGCUUGCAUUCUUCAGGUGGAACUGGUAGCAAAGGCGUGCUGCGAAUACAUGAAGCUGCACUUCCAUCCCUCCAACUGCCUGGCAGUCAGGUCAUUUGCAGAGAGCCACAACCGCAUUGACCUGAUGGACAUGGCCGACCAGUACGCUUGUGAACAUUUCACAGAGGUGGUGGAAUGUGAAGACUUUGUGAGUGUCUCACCUCAGCACCUCCAUAAACUGUUGUCCUCCAGCGACCUGAACAUUGAAAACGAAAAGCAGGUUUACAGUGCUGCUAUCAAGUGGCUGCUAGCCAAUCCGCAGCAUCAUGCCACGUGGCUGGAUGAAAUUCUCGCACAGGUACGACUGCCUCUCUUGCCCAUUUGUUUCCUUAUGGGUGUUGUGGCAAAGGAAGAGAUUGUCAAGCAGAAUCUAAAAUGUAGGGAUUUGCUGGAUGAAGCAAGAAACUACCACCUUCACCUGAGCAGCAGGGCAGUGCCAGACUUUGAAUACUCCAUUCGCACAACACCAAGGAAGCAGACUGCUGGUGUGCUGUUCUGUGUCGGUGGCAGAGGAGGAUCAGGCGACCCAUUUCGCAGCAUUGAGUGUUACUCUAUAAAUAAGAACAGCUGGUUCUUCGGCCCUGAAAUGAACAGCAGGAGAAGACACGUGGGUGUAAUCUCUGUGGGAGGUAGAGUUUAUGCAGUGGGUGGACAUGAUGGAAAUGAACAUUUAGGAAGCAUGGAAGUGUUUGAUCCUCUCACAAACAAAUGGAUGAUUAAAGCAUCAAUGAACACAAAGAGGAGAGGAAUCGCUCUUGCUUCCCUCGGGGGCCCCAUUUACGCAAUAGGAGGUCUGGAUGACAACACGUGCUUCAGUGAUGUGGAAAGAUACGACGUCGAGUCCGAUCGGUGGAGUGCGAUAGCCCCCAUGAACACGCCCCGGGGGGGAGUUGGCUCCGUAGCCCUCAUGAACCACGUCUACGCUGUGGGUGGCAACGAUGGCAUAGCGUCUCUUUCCAGCGUGGAGAAAUACGAUCCCCAUUUGGACAAGUGGAUGGAAGUGAAAGAGAUGGGCCAGCGAAGAGCCGGCAACGGCGUCAGUGAGCUCCAUGGCUGCCUGUAUGUUGUUGGUGGCUUUGAUGACAACUCUCCACUGAGCUCCGUGGAACGCUUUGACCCACGCAGUGACAAAUGGGAGUACGUCGCAGAGCUCACAACCCCAAGGGGGGGAGUUGGCAUCGCAACACUGAUGGGCAGAAUUUUUGCAGUUGGAGGUCACAACGGCAACGCAUAUCUGAAUACUGUGGAAGCAUUUGAUCCCAUAGUUAACAGGUGGGAACUCGUUGGCUCUGUGUCGCACUGCAGAGCUGGGGCAGGCGUUGCUGUGUGCGCCUGCCUCAGCAGCCAGAUCCGUGAUGUGGGCCAAGGAUCCAGCAAUGUAGUUGACUGCAUGUGAACUCAGCUGCCUCCUUCAAAUUCCGUGGGAACAAUCAUACAGAAGCACUAAAGAGCUUUUAAAUAUGGUGGUUUGUGUGGUAGGUUAAGAAACACAGUAUGGUUUCCUUGUGAAAAUGUUACCUUCUGUGACUUUUAAGCUUUUGGUGGCUUUCUGACAAUAGCAGUAUAGAAGAAUCUGUGAAAAUGUGGUACAGUGGUGUGACUUACAGGAGGUUUUACUUACCUGCUGAGAGCUGUAAUUAAAGAGCCAUUUUGCAGGGACUCAAUGAACUGCAAACCAGGCGUGGACAGGUGAGGAGUGAGCAGUGGGCAGCAUCACUGAGCCUCACCUGACAGCCCUGCUGUGUGUUUCCUGAAGGACUGGAGUGCCAUUUAUUAACAUAACUAACUUAUUAUCAGGAAUGCAAUCUUAAAACAUUUCCUAAUCAUAAAAGAGCUUUGAAACAGAGCUUUUCAGGUUCUCCCUGGGCUAACUGGAUACAGAUGUGAACUGCCCACCUGCUGUGGGACUGCUGGCUGUGGAGGAGAUGGCAGCACUCAACCUGGACCUGCCUCUCGAGUGCUCCCUCAGCCCCACGCACUUGUUAGAAAGCUGAAAAGACUCUCAAAGCCUGAGCAUAGUGACUGGAAUACUGACAUUCUUUUAUCCUUAAUAAAAUCUGUAGUAAUGACUCUCUAAAA